AUGAAACGUGAAAAUGAAUUAUUAGAUGCUGUUAAAUCAUCAAAUAUAUCUUCAAUUCAACGUAUUUUAUCAAAAUGUCGCUCAGGCAAAUCUAAUAUCGUUUCUCCAAAAAAAAUCAAUGUUAAUUUUCAAGAUGAUAAUGGAAUGAGCUCGAUCCACGAAGCAGCCGUGGCGGGUAAUAUUGAAAUCCUUAAGCUGCUCAUCGAUAAUGGUGCCAGUGUAAAUUUAAAAGAUAAUAAAGGUCUUCGUCCAUUACAUUAUGCAGCAUGGCAAGGUCGUAGUGAACCUGUUUUUAUUCUUUUACGUCGUGGUGCAAAUGUAAAUGAACAGUCAAUAAAUGGUGAUACACCAUUACAUUUAGCAAGUCAAUAUGGUCAUAAUGAGAUAGUACAAUUACUUUUAUUUCAUCAAGCUGAUUCAACGAUAGUAAAUCGUCGUUUAAUAACUUCACUUGAUUUAGCAUGUGAAAAUGGACGUUUUGAUGUUGUUAAUUCACUUGUACAAAAUCCUUUAUGUCAACGAAUGAUAUUAAAUACUACCGAACAAAAUUGUUCAUUACAUUUAGCAGCAAAAAAUGGACAUACAGAUAUAGUUCGUUUGUUACUAUUAAAUGGAAUGGAUAUUAAUCGUAUGACAAUUAAUAAUGGAACCGCGUUACAUAUAGCUUGUCGAAAUGGUCGUUAUGAAACAGCUAAAUUAUUAUUAGAAUGUGGUAUUGAUAUUAAUCUUUGUAAUUCAUAUGAACAAACAGCAUAUGAAGUUGUUAUUAAACAAAAAAGUGGUAAUGAUAUUAAACGAUUAAUAAAAGAAUUUUCGGAUGCAAUAUUAGUUCGUGCAAUUCGUUCCUAUACAGAUAAUCAUGUUGGAGCAUUGAAUUUUUCCGAAGGAGAUUGUAUUACAGUUUUGGAACGAAAUCCAACUGGUCAAUGGCGUGGUUUUAUACUUCAAGAAGAUUUAACUACUCGAAAGGGUUAUUUUCCGAGUACCUAUGUUCAAGCAAAUACUACUAGUGAGAUUUGUGAUUGUUUUGAAUGUUUAUCCACUUUUCGAAAAUCUCAUCUUUCGCCUGUCAAUGUCAAUAACAAUGGUCGACUAUUGACAGCUACAACGUCAAUCAUCAACAACAAUGUUGUUCUAAGACAUCAUCGUCCUAGUUUAAUUAAUGGUAAAGAAAUGCGUCAUACAACAAACGAUGAUAUUCAUCGAACACAAACACAUAAUGGUGAUUUAUCUCCUGUUGAUAGCGAUUCAAUAUCACGUGUAUCACAAGCGGAUUCAGGUUUAGUAACAACAUCAAGUUGGAGUUCACGUUCAAGACGUGAUAGUCCAACAAGUAAUAGUUAUCGUCAUAGUGCAGCAAGUAGUAUUGAUAGUGGAAGAAGUUCAACAGCAUUAUAUGAUAGUCCAAAAACAUUAGCUUUAUCGAGUUUUAUGGGUGUAUCAACAACAAUUAGCCCAUUAUCAUCAACGAAUCAUUCAACAAUAUGUGAUGCUCGUUCUAUAUGUAGUAGUGAAUCAAAAUCAUCUGAUCAAGAUAAAACAAGUUAUCGAAGUUCAAAUAGUAGUCUUGAUCGUUUAGAUGAAUCAAAUACAUUGAAUAUAAGUACAAAUAUUAAUACAUUAUUACGUAAUGGUAUCCCUGAAAAUGAAAUUGUCUUAUCUUGGUUACGUGAAUUUACAUAUGAAGAUUAUGCUGAAAAUUUUUUAUCUAAUGGUUAUGAUAUACAAACAAUUGUUCGAAUGACACCUGAAGAUUUAACAGCUAUUGGUAUAACUCAUCCAUCACAUCGACGAAAGAUAAAGAAUGAAAUAGCACGUUUACAUUUACCAGAUGGUUUACCUGAUUUUAAACCAGAUACACUCUAUGAUUGGUUAUGUUAUCUACGUUUAAGUCAAUAUUUAUCACUAUUAAACGAACAAAAUUAUACACAACUAUCAGAUAUUAUGGAUAUUGCGUGGGAUGAUCUGGAAGAUAUCGGAAUAACUCGUUUAGGUCAUCAAAAACGUUUUAUGCUUGGUGUCAAACGUUUAAAAGAUAUGAAGAAAGGCCUUUAUCAAGUUAAUCAAAAUUCUCCAUUACAAUCUCCAACAGUUGUUUCAUCACCGAAUAAUCAUCGUUUACCACCACCUUCAACACCAUCGAGACAAUCAACAGGAAUAAAUAAUGAUCGUAGACCCGCUGUUCCAAUACGUCAAACAAAAUCUACCCUUGAACGUUGUAAUUCUCUUGAAAAUAAUAGUAUACAACCUACAACACAAUUAUCUAUUAAAAAGCCUUCAAUUCAAAUGUCUCAUCGUUCACCAACACGAGUAACAUCAAAUGGUGAUUCAUCUAAUUAUGCAACUCUUCGAAAACCUCCUAUGUCACCAAAAACAUCUAUUCAUAAAUCAAAAUUUUCAUCGAAUGUUAGUCCAGUAGGAACAUCCUCAUUUCGUUUACCACCACCAUUAUCAUCAACAACAGCUAAUCCAAAUUCGUCUUCUUCUUCAUCAAAUAAUGAAUCUUUAUCAUCAAUUCGAACACGUAGUUUAGAAAAUAUAAAUUCAAAUGAAAAAACAAAUCUUCCAUCAACAUCUUUGCAAUUAGAUCCAAAUUUGUCAUCUACAAGCAAUGGAAAUUCUUCUCCAUAUAUUCAACAUUCAAAUAAACGAACGAAUCUACAAUUAUUAGGUGAUGCUAAUCUAUCAUCAAGUACAGAAUCAACAAAUGGUAUUCCAUUUGCAAAUGAAAAUGUUGGAACGAUUAAACAACGUUCACCACAUAAUCAAAAUAAUAAUAAUUUAUAUAAUACAUCACUCGAUACAAUGAAACGUUCUUUACCUAUACAAUUUUUUGAACAAUCAAAUACACAUCUAUUGAAACCUUCAUAUCCAAUGACUACAGCUAUUUAUGAUAAUAAUGACAGAUUUAUUUCACCUAAUAAACAAUUACGAAAACCAACAAAUUUAUUACCAACACAAACUAAUGGAAGUAAUUCAUUAACAUUAACAGGUGAUAAACGUUUACAAUAUAUGGAAAUUUUGAAAAAAGAUAAACAGAAUAAAGUAGUCAAAAAUGAUACAACGAAUGUAUUGUCUGAUAUUGAUUCAAUGCUCUCUGAUCUCAAUCGAGAACUUGAUCAAAUGCUUGAUUAUGAACCAACGCCUUCAAUUCGACCUUAA